UCUAAAGAUGAUAAAAAUUAAACAUAAAGUAGACAAUUCUUAGCAACUUUUUUAAAGAAAGAGAUUAAAAAUUGAUCAGGAGGUCAAAUUAAAUUUAAUUCAUAGUGUGAUUAAUGAUCAUUUGCCUGUUUAUUAGGUUUAUCUUAUUUAUAAUAAUUUAGGCAGCUAAACUUCACAAGCUAAAGUAUUCUUCAGCUAAACAUAUUUUUAGAAAUUAUUAGAGAGAUACAAAAAACUUCUUUUCAAAAUAGAGAAAAAAGAGAUUAAUGUGUAAAUGCUAAAAUAUUGUAAUUGAGGUAACUACAGGAGAAAUUAAAUUGUUUGAAUAAAAUAAUACUCUAUUAACUGAUGCAAAAACAAAAAAUAUUAAUGCUAUUAAUAACUCGAUAAUUUCGAAUUUCUCUAAACAAUUAUAUUUUGAUAUCAAGUAUACUGAGAAUGAUUUUAACAUCAUUUAAAAAGAAAAUUUAGAAGAAUAAUUAGUUUACAUAAAAAAAGUGCUAAAUAAUCAAUAUUAGAAAAUGCUUGUAAAUAAUUAUUGA